ACAAUACGAAAAUCGUAGUGCCGUUUAUAGAUUUCCGUACCGGAAUCUACGGAUUUCGUGUAGUUAAUCUUUUACGGGAGGAAGGAAGGAAGGUAAUCUUUUAAUUAAUGAUUUUCAUUUUCAUUUUCCUAACCUACAAAAUACAAUAAAAUAAAAACAUAAAACAUGCAAUAAAAAUAUAAAAUAUAACAAAGCUAUUCCAUAAUAUUAAAACUAUAAAAAUUAAAUAUUUGCAAACAAAGGAGAAAUAACCUUCAUAAUGAAGAAUUCAUUUAAAAAUGUCAGACAGCUGUCAUAAUAAAAACAUGAUCUAAAAAGAAGUAAUAAUGGAUGACUUUAGCGACAAAUUACAUUAUAUUUACAGUUCUUCAAUUCCCAACAAAGUUCAAAUAAAAAUUGGAACUUUGGAGGGUAAGAGGGAAAAACCUGGAUACAAAGAGUUACUCGAUGAUCCAAUGCUAAAAUUCUCUGGUUUAUACCAAGAAACAUGUUCAGAUCUCAUGGUAAUGUGUCAAAUAUUUGAUAAAAAUCAACCGUUAGCACUUCCUGUAACCACAUCAUACAAAGCUUUUACAUCACGUUGGAACUGGAACGAAUGGUUGUCUCUUCCUGUAAAGUUCUUUGAUCUACCCAGAACUGCACAGUUGGCCUUAACAAUUUACGAUUGCUAUGGGCCCAAUGAAAUGGGUAUUGUUGGUGGUACUACUAUUUCAUUGUUCAGUAAAUAUGGGCUGUUUAGGCAGGGUAUGCUGGAUUUAAAAGUAUGGCCCAAUAAAGUUGCAGAUGGGAAAACCCCAACCAGUACUCCUGGAAAAGGAAAACAUCAAGGAAAUGAACAAAUGCAUGGCCUCUCCAAACUGGCUAAAAAACAUAGAAAUGGACAUCUUAGAAAAGUUGAUUGGCUGGAUAGAUUAACCUUUAGGGAGCUAGAAUUAAUAAAUGAAAAAGAAAAGAGGUCUUCGGAUUAUUUAUAUUUAAUGAUAGAAUUUCCCAUAAUAACAAUAGACAACAUAAUUCAUCAUAUUGUUUACUUUGAGCCAAAUGGAGAGGAAAUCUACACUUUUAGAGUACAGACUGAUUUGGUUACAGUUCCUGAUCAAGAAAUACUCAGGGAAAAUUUGGUGGAGAGUAAGCACCACAAAUUGGCCCGCUCCUUGCGCAGCGGAAAUUGCGACAAAGAUGCCAAACCCAACGCCGAAAUGCGCGAUAUCCUAAACAUUAUCGUUUCCUAUCCACCAACAAAACAACUGUCCAACGAGGAACAAGAUCACGUGUGGAAGUUUCGUUUUUACUUAAGCACCCAUAAGAAAGCCUUAGCCAAGUUUCUCAAGUGCGUUAACUGGAAUCAACCUAAUGAGGUGCGUCAAGCUUUGGCAAUGAUGGAAAAAUGGGCUCUCAUGGAUGUGGAGGACGCCCUAGAGCUUUUAAGUCAGAAUUUCACUCAUCCGGAAGUAAGAAAAUAUGCCAUUGGAAGGUUACAACAAGCUCCAGAUGAAGACAUCCUUUUAUAUUUGCUACAGUUAGUUCAAGCACUCAAAUAUGAAAACUUUGAAACUAUCAAAGAUGGUUAUCAACGAAUUUCCCCAGCUAGAGAAACCAUUACCAUAGCUGACGAAAGAGAACCACCUCUAGAGAAAAAAGAUAGCAAAGAAAGCAACAGCACCAUAACCGGGGGAGAAUCGAUGCAACGAUCUUCCAGCUAUAACCAAGCGGAUCGCAUUGCCGCCUCGAACGUAAACAGCGUCAUCGAACUGGACGGCGAGCAAAGGCCCACCAGUCUUCCCGAGACAGCGCUGCAAAAUUUGCACAUCAAUCCGUACACGGACUCGGCCAACACUGAUACCCUUCAAAGUCACAUGGCGGACGAGGAGGACGUUCAAGAUUUAGCGUCGUUUUUGAUACAGAGAGCCUGUAAGAAUUUAAGAUUGGCCAAUUAUUUCUAUUGGUAUUUGUUGAUUGAGUGCGAGGAUCAGGAACCCACUCUCAAACAAGAUCUUGAAGUUAGAGACAUGUAUCUAACUGUAAUGAAAACUUUUUCGCAAGCUCUCGCCCGCGGAAAUGAAUUAAUGCAAAAUAAGCGUUUUAUUCUAACAAAACAGCAAAAAUUCAUCGACAAACUGGUCAAAUUAAUGAAAACAGUACUAAGGGAGAGCGGUAACCGCAAAAGAAAAGCAGAAAAACUACAAAAUUUGCUAGCGGAUUCUGACGCUUUUAAAUUUAAUUUUGGUAAAUUUGACCCCAUGCCAUUCCCACUUGAUCCCGAAAUUACCAUACAGGGUAUUAUACCAGAGAAGGCGAGUUUAUUUAACUCCGCUUUGACGCCGUCUAAAUUGUAUUUUAAAACUGCAAACAAUGAGGAGUAUGUGGCUAUCUUUAAAGUCGGCGAUGAUUUAAGACAGGAUCAACUCAUUCUACAAAUGAUUACUUUGAUUGAUAAGUUGUUAAGGAAAGAAAAUUUGGAUUUAAAGCUUACUCCUUACAGAGUUUUAGCUACCAGUACAAAGCAUGGAUUUGUACAAUUUAUAGAUUCUGUUACAGUCGCUGAGGCUUUGGCUGCAGAAGGAAGCAUUCAUAAUUACUUUAAAAAAUAUCACCCACAAGAAACCGGCCCAUAUGGUAUAGUUCCAGACAUCAUGGACACUUAUGUACGAUCCUGUGCAGGUUACUGUAUUAUCACAUAUAUUUUGGGGGUAGGCGACAGGCAUUUAGACAAUUUGUUGCUAACCAAAGACGGUAAACUGUUUCACAUUGAUUUUGGGUACAUUUUGGGUCGCGACCCAAAACCUCUCCCCCCACCAAUGAAGUUGACCAAAGAGAUGGUAGAAGCUAUGGGUGGCGUAAAUUCUGAACAUUACCAGACUUUUAGAAAGCUAUGUUAUACUGCUUUCUUGCAUUUAAGAAGGCAUGCCAAUUUGAUGCUAAACUUGUUUUCCCUUAUGGUAGACGCGAGCGUUCCUGAUAUCGCAUUAGAACCUGACAAGGCUGUAAGAAAAGUGCAAGAUAAAUUACGUUUAGACUUGGGAGAUGAAGAGGCAGUGCACUACAUUCAAAAUUUAAUUGAGCAGUCGGUAACAGCAGUAACAGCCGUUAUUGUUGAGCAGAUUCAUAAAAUUACACAGUACAUAAGAAAAUAAUUGAUUGAGGAUUAUUAAAAGUUUUAUUUAUACUUGUAUUUGUAAAUAAAUUAUUUAUAGACCAA